UCGUUCAGCAAAGUUAUGCUGGCCGAAAAGAAGGGCACUGAAAAGAUGUACGCCAUCAAAGUGCUGAAAAAGUAUGCCAUCAUCGAGGACGAUUACGUCGAUUAUAUCAAGACAGAGAAACGUAUUCUGGCCCUAGCUGCAAAACAUCCAUUCUUAACGGCAUUACACUCGUGCUUUCAAUCACCCAAUCUCUUAUUUUUUGUUAUGGAAUAUAUCAAAGGCGGCGAUCUUGUGUUCCAACUCCAACAGGUAGGCAAAUUUGAUGAACGGCGUACCGCAUUCUAUGCCGCCGAAGUGACACUUGCACUUCAAUUCCUGCAUCGUCACGGAGUAGUGCAUCGUGAUUUAAAAUUGGAAAAUGUUCUUCUCGAUCAGGAGGGCCAUUGCAAACUGGCCGAUUUUGGCUUGUCCAAGGAGGGAAUUAUUGAUGGCGUUUUAACGUCCACAACCUGCGGAUCAAUCUACUAUAUGGCGCCGGAAAUUCUUGAAGAAUUAAAAUAUGGAGCAUCGGUUGAUUGGUGGACACUCGGUGUGCUUAUAUAUGAAAUGAUGACAGGUCAGCCACCAUUCGAAGCCGAAAAAGUACGCGAUCUAUGCGAAUUGAUUAUUUACGCUGAGGUUCCUGUUCCAAUUUGGUUGAGCCGGAAUGCAGUACUGAUAAUUCAAGCAUUUUUAAAGAAAAAUCCGGCAGAUAGAUUGGGAUGCUCUGGAGAUGAGUCAGAAAUUAGGCGCCAUAUAUUUUUCCGGCAUCUCAAUUUUGAAUUAUUGGAAUCACGUCGUGUAGAACCACCAUUCCUACCAACAGUGAAAAAUCCCAAAAAUGCAUCGAAUUUCGAUACGAAAUUUACCAGAAAGGAUCCAGUGUUAAGUUCACUAUCAAACGAUACAAUAAGUUCCACCAAUCAAGACGAAUUCGCUGGAUUUUCUUUUAUUAAUAAGAACUUUUCUCCGGACCGAAAAAUUUUUUGA